UUUAAUUCCAUCUACGAUGAAUCAAGUUAUUAAACGGUUACGCAUUGCCGCCUCACUCAACCCACCGCGCAAAACUCGCCCCGUACGGUUUAUAUACUCCCUUCGUCCCUCGCUGUCAUUUGGAUUCCUCAACGCGACCUGGACGAGACCCAAUCCCGAUGGCGGCAUCGAGCAAGAGAUGGAUUCCCCUCGAAGCUAAUCCCGAUGUCAUGAACCAGUUCAUCUGGGGACUCGGUGUUCCCGAGGAGGAGGUGGAGUUUAACGAUGUCUACGGUUUGGACGAUGAGCUCUUGGAGAUGGUUCCGAAGCCCGUCGUCGCGGUGUUGUUUCUUUUCCCCUAUUCUACCCAGGGUGAAGCUGAGAGGGAAGCUGAUGAAGAACAAGUUUCGACUGAGAAGAAGGAACCAAAUAAAGAAGUGUAUUUUCUGAAUCAAACAGUUGGUAAUGCUUGUGGAACCAUUGGUAUUCUUCAUGCUAUAGGGAAUGCGACAUCUGAAAUUAAACUAGUUGAGGGCUCAUAUUUUGAUAGGUUCUACAAGUCAACGGCUAACAUGGAUCCAUAUGAGCGUGCUUCUUUCCUUGAAAAAGACACAGAAAUGGAGGAUGCCCAUUCUGUAGCAGCUACUGCUGGGGAUACAGAGGCUUCUUCAAAUGUAGAUGAACAUUAUAUUUGCUUCACAUGUGUUGAUGGAGAGCUUUAUGAGCUUGAUGGGAUGAAGUCCGAGCCAAUAUCUCACGGUCCUUCAUCACCUAGUUGCUUGUUGCAGGAUGCUGCGAAGGUCAUAAAAGCCGUGAUCCAGAAAAAUCCUGACUCGAUGAACUUCAAUGUCAUGGCACUCUCAAAGAAACAAAGUAAUUAACCCUGAAACCAGUCAGCCAUCCAGUUCAUCUUUCCAUAUGAAGUCCACAUUUGGCGUUAUACUAUCCUAAGUCUCAACAGGGCCCUCUCAUUAACUUAAAAAUCCUUGCAAUAGUCCAUGACAUGAUUGCAAAUGAUUUUUAGGAUUGUGAUGAUAGAAAUCUUUACCAAACGGUGGUGGACUCCUUAAGUUUGCAGGGAAGCAGUCACUGCUGCUGUUUUGGUUAACGUGCCGUGCCAGUACAUGUGCUAGUACUCUCAAAUAUUUGUGCUUAAAAGAUUUUUAUCUCCAUGUCAUGGUAGCGUGCAGGCAGAAACACUAGACAAGCCUUGCAUUGUAGUUGCACUUCCAUGUUUUGCUGAUUGUUGGCAGCUAGCCUUCCAGCCGUUGUGUUUUGGUCUAUUCCUUGAUGUUUUAAGAGUACAAUUAAUCUCAUCCUCCUGAUUUGAAAAAGAAUGUUACGUGGAGAGCUUGAUUCA